CCCAAGAAGGAGGUGAUCAGGCGGUGUGGCAAUUGCGGCGAGCUUGGACAUAUGAAGACCAACAAAAAGUGCCCGCGCUACUACGAGUUCAACCCUGCUUGAGUAGAGCCGCCUGUGGCCUUGUGCAUUGACUUCACAUGGCGUCACAUGCCUAAAGUGGGGUUUGUAUGAAAUACAGUUGACUUUUCUAGGCUCGGUGCAGUCUCAGACUCGAGUCGAUGUGGGGUGCUUGAUCAGCCCGGAUCCGGGCUGGUGACCGAUCCGCGGGAAUUGACCGUCUGUAAACAUGCAUGCGCGCGUGAAAAUGUCUGUGCGCCAGCAAAACCAGUCCGUCAGCAGCCUGCAAUAAAUCUGUCUAUUCCUGGAGCUGCAUCUUGCACCCACAUCCUUACGUUUUCCUUGCACCCUCUUUUCAUGGCCAGUAAGCCCAAUGAAGCACACUAGACACAUAUUCGAUGGCGCACGUGCCGGCCAGAAAAUCGCUGCCAACGUCUACCAGAGCACAGCUCCCGACACGACUGGUCAUGGAAUCACCCUGCUCCUGACGCACGCGAAUGGAUUCCACAAGGAGCUGUGGGAGCCGGUUCUUGAGCAGAUAUUUUCCGCACAGGCGACGCGCUCCUGGCAUGUAACCCGCGCAAUCGCCAUGGACUGGUGGAACCAGGGCGACAGUGCUGCAUUGAACCCCGAUAUGCCCGGCGGACCGCUCCAUGCCCGGUGGUUCGACUAUGCGCGCGACAUCCUGGCAGUUGUGCGGCAGCUCGGCGUCAGAAAGAACCUGGUUGGCAUCGGCCAUUCGUGGGGAGCGGCGAACUUGCAGCUGGCUGAGAUUAUGUCGCCAUUGACUUUUGCUGGUCUUUUCCUUGUUGAGCCUGCGACUCCGACCGAAAUCACGCCAGAGCAGAGCGAGUCACUGGCUGCUGUGGUGCGCAAGCGGCGGUUCCAGUGGAAAUCGAUGGAGGACGCGCACGCCCAUUUCGAAAACCAUUCCUUUGCAGAGUCAUGGAAUAAGCGCAUGCUUGGGCUGUUCAUUCAGCAUGGCUUCAUACAUGGGAUAGCCAGUCCAUGCUCAAGUGCUUGCCAGGUCCUGAGGCCGAUGGCUUUGCUGCUACCGCCUACGGUGCCCCGUUUAUCGGUCGGAAUCUGUGGCGAAUCCAGUGUCCGUGCGUGUACCUAACUGGAUCCGAGUCGGACAAGGUGACCACAGAGUUUAUCCGCAAUCUGAUCGCGCCGAUGCCGGACUGCGAGCAUUUUGUGGCACAAGGCCGGGGCCACCUUUUACUCCAUGAGGACCCGGAUCUGACUGCUGCGCAUUGCAUCA